AUGAGCUUGAACAUACUUUUCGGAAUAUAUGCCUUAAUAGCAUGCAGCUUGGCCGCCGGAAAUACCUCUUUUGUAAUUGAUUAUGACAAUAAUCAAUUUUUGCUUGAUGGGCAGCCGUUUCGUUAUAUUUCUGGAACUCUCGAUUAUUAUCGUAUUCCACGCGACCUAUGGGUUGAUCGGUUAUCUCGAGUAUCGGCCCUUGGACUCAAUGCUAUACAGUUUUAUGUUCCCUGGAAUUGGCAUGAAGAGAAAGAAGGGCGCUUCAAUUUUGCCGGAGAUCGAGCCGUCACCGAUUUUAUCGAACUCGCGGAACAAAAGCAAUUAUAUACAUUGCUCCGGAUCGGUCCCUACAUCUGCGCAGAAUGGGAAAACGGUGGAUUGCCAUGGUGGCUGCUGAAGCGAGAGAAUAUAAGCCAGCGUACAAGUGACCCGAAAUUUACAAGUGCUGUCGAGAAAUGGUUCGAGGUGCUGCUCCCCAAAAUCAAGCCUUAUUUAAGAGAGAAUGGAGGGCCAGUGCUGAUGGUCCAAGUGGAGAACGAAUAUGGCAGUUUUCCAUACCCAGACCCGGUCUAUACUGUAUGGCUUCGUGAUUUGAUUCGAAAACAUUUGGGCCCAAAUGUCGUAUUGUAUACAACUGACGGCGGAUCAGAUGGUUACCUACAAAAUGGCGCAAUCCCAGAAGUAUUUGCCACUGUGGAUUUUGGUCCGAGAAAGGACGUUAGCGUCCCGUUUUCGGCACAGCGGAAUUAUACAAAUCAAAAGGGGCCGCUCGUAAAUUCUGAAUUCUACACCGGAUGGUUGAAUCUUUGGGGUGACACCGAUAGUGGGUCGCCUACUUCGGCUGAAAUUGUGGAAAGCGCAAAAGCAAUGUGGGAUGCGGGCGCUUCAUUUAAUUUUUAUAUGAUACAUGGUGGGACGAAUUUUGGGUUUUGGAAUGGAGCGGAAGUGAAUGCGCCGGUUGUAACCUCCUAUGACUAUUCCGCGCCUAUAAACGAGGCCGGCGACAUUACACCAAAAUAUGUGGCCAUUGGAAAUUGGAUUGCCUCGCUAAUAAAUUGGCCAAAAAAACCGUCACUAUUACCUGCAAAUAGCACAAAAAUUGCUUAUGGAAAUCUUGGAUUCAAAAGAAUCUCGACAAUCCCGAAUUCGCAGCUUGGUGAUUGCAAACAGGGAGCAUUAAGCUUCGAGGAAAUGGAUUUUCCAUAUGGUUUUUUGUAUUAUUCAUCGGCAUUGCCGCCCAAUAGUAAAGAACUGUUCCUGCCUCGCGGAAGUUAUAAAGAUUUUGCCUAUGUCUUCGUUGAUGGGGUUUAUCAAGGAAUGAUGUCACAAUAUAACAACGAUACUUCUCUACAGUUACAAGCAGAGGGAAAGACUUUGGUGUUGAUUAUAGAAAAUCAGGGUCGGCUAACUUAUGAGACGAUUAAUGAUUAUAAGGGUCUUUUGGGAAAGGUAUUCGUUGCUGAUCCCGCUUGGAAUCUAGCACAACUGGUGAAUUGGACAACAUGUGAGGUCAAUCUGGAUACGUUGACCACAAUCGACACCGCAGGCUUGGAAAUGACUUUGUACGUGCCUGCAAGGUAUCUAAAUAUCGGAUUAAAUCGGUUCCACAUCCUUGAGCUGACCGAUGUUGGCCCGCAGGAUGCCACCAACUCAAGCCGAUCCGUCCCGUCUUUGGACUAUCCGAUCUGGAUUUGGGCCGAUGAAAUCCAGAGUACCUCAACGGUGUCAAUAACUACUACCUCAGCUGCGAAUAAGAUUCUUCAAUUUUUCCAGUUCAUGUUACCGAAUACGAUGGAUAUGACGGAAGAGGCGCCGAAAUCUGUGCUAAUCACUGGAGCUAAUCGUGGGAUUGGUCUUGGGUUGGUGAAGAAGUUUUUGGAGUUGGAUGAGGUUGUUCAUGUUUUCGCGACGACCAGAAACGCAGCUACAGCCACGGACCUGAAAAACAUUGAUGAUCCGCGGCUUCACAUUGUCGAAAUGGAUAUUCAAGAUGAUGAGAUGAUUCGAAAAGCCGCGAAUCUUAUUGGGAAGGUGGUCGGAAAAUCGGGUUUAAAUUUGAUUGUCAACAACGCUGGCCUCUGGAACCAUUAUUUUUUUGACAAGUAUCAACCCGAGUUGAUCCCGGAUAUGCUUGACGUGAACUCGAUCGGACCACUCGUUUUGACCCAGAUCUUCCUUCCGCUUCUCCGUCGUGCGGUCAACCCGAAAAAGCCGCUUGGGGUCGCAAAUGCGGCCGUGAUCAAUAUUACGUCAUUGGGCGGGUCGCACUCGUUUAACACAUAUGGCUCGUUUUUUUAUGGAGACAAUGGCUUCCAUUUGGAUGGUCUAUUGCCGUAUAGUAUGAGCAAAAGUGCCGCCAACAUGAUGACUCGUUGUCUGGCUGGGGAUUUGAUCCGUGAGGGGAUACUGGUGUGCUGCUUUUGCCCUGGGCUUGUCAAGACGGAUAUGGGGACGGAGAAGGCUUAUAUUACGGUUGAGGAAUCUGCCGGCGCGCUCGUUCCAAAUUUCCUAAAACUUCAAGUGCAACAUUCGGGCGGCUACUUCUCACAUCAAGGGAUACCACUCGGAUUU